GUAUCGGUAUCGGGCCCAAAAAAUGGUAUCGGUGCAACACUACCAUUAAUAUAUCAGCAAGGGUGUACUCCAGCUCCCCCAUGACCCUCAAUCAAUGGCAUGCUCGUUUUUCAAUAGCCAGAAAUGAGCUUUACAAUUUAUACAAUACGUCAGCAAACAUAUAUCGGGCACAGUUUUAGAAAAGCCUAUCACACGGAGGAUUACGAUAACUAGCACACUUAAAUAAACGCCUUAUUGUGUUUGUGCACAUGAAAAGGAACACUUUACUGAUCCCCAAAGUAAUUUGAAAGUAAUGCAAUAAAUACAGUACAGCAAUGAGAAGUUGGCUUAUCGAAAUCACUUUAACAAAACGCUUUCUUUUUGUUAUAUUUCUCCUCAAAGUGCACAUUUUCAAAAAGCAAAUGCCUCGAUGGAUUUAGGAUUAGCAAUGGUGGACUUGUCUUAAGGGAUAAAGUAGCAAGAGUGCGAGUGAAAGCCUCUUUUUGAGCGGCGUCCUUGAGUUGGGCGUGAGCAGAAACGCAGAGAAGAAUAACUUCCACUUUCAAGAGCAAGAAAAGUCCUCCAGGUGACCACGAAACCCCUUCAGAGCCUGGAGGAAGAAAAAAAUGGAGUUUGUUUAUGAGCUUUUAGGGGAUAACGCUUGGCUGUACAUCAGUGCUACCUUCGCGGUGGUAUGGACCGCAGCGUGGCUUUACCGGGACAGCCUGGAGAUCGAAGACGUGUCCAACAAAUACGUCUUUGUAAGUGGCUGCGACUCGGGGUUCGGAAACCUGCUGUGCAAGAAGCUUGAACGAAAGGGCUUCCACGUGCUGGCUGGGUGCCUGACCCAAAAUGGAGCCGAGGAGCUGAAGAAGAUGACGGGGCCCUACUUGAAGACUGUGCUGCUGGACGUGACCAGUCAGGACAGCAUUCAGAAAGCCAUGGAGUGGACCAAGAAAGAGGUCGGCGACAGCGGACUUUGGGGUAUCGUGAACAACGCUGGCCGCUCUCUACCAAUGGGCCCCUCUGAAUGGAUGAAAGUAGAGGACUUCCACAGCACGCUUAAAGUCAACAUGAACGGCACAAUCUGCAUGACUGUCACCUUCCUGCCCUUGAUCAAAAAGGCCCGCGGACGCGUGGUCAACGUGGCGUCUGUGCUCGGCCGGGUGGCAGCUAACGGUGGCGGUUACUGCAUCUCCAAAUUUGCUGUAGAGUCUUUCUCGGACUGCCUCAGGAGAGAUAUCAACUACUUCGGGGUGAACGUUUGCAUCAUUGAGCCGGGCUUCUUCAAGACAGCAGUGACUAGCCUGGAACCUAUCGAGAGGGAACUGCACCGCUUGUGGGAUCAGCUCAGCCCUGAAGUUCAAGCUAGCUAUGGAGACAAGUAUCUGGACAAGUACAUUAGAAUCCAGCGCUUCAUCAUGAAUGCCAUCUGCGACUCAGACUUGACUAAGGUGACCAGCUGCAUGGAGCACGCACUUACAGCCGCGUACCCUCGCACCCGCUACAGCGCCGGGUGGGAUGCCAAGCUGCUGUGGAUCCCGCUGUCAUACAUGCCAUCCUGCGUGGUGGACAUCGGGCUCAGGCUGGUUCUGCCCCGUCCGUCCAAGAGUGUGUGACCACCAAUAACUUGAGUCCUGCAGGUCAUGCUGUGAAGAGAUUUAUAAUUAUCCAUGACAGGGGUGUUCAAACUACGGUCCGCGUGCUAACUGUGGCCUGCUGCCCAGUUUUUAUUGGCCUGCAGCAAAGUAUAAAAAUAUUAUUGAAAUGGCCCGCACUAUACGCUUAAAUUCAGCCUACAUUCUGUUACACUUCUCAUCUUUAACACUAGAUAGUGCUAAUCACUUUAAAAAGUGCCUCUCUACUAUUUCCAAUCAAUGUAGGAAACUGUAGAAUUUAAGUAUUUUGUUUUACAUAAAUAAACUUAGAUUAAAAAAAUUAUCCACUGUGAUGAAUUUAGCUUUCUUGGUUGUGAUUUUCUUGGCUUCUUUGCAGUUGUUGGACAUUGUCUCUUUGUUCUGCAGUUUGUUUUAGAGGUGUAAAUAUAAAUAUACUAGUAUACUGUACCUAUAUCUGUGGAUUUUAUUGUUGCUUUUAAACUCUUAACUCAUUCACUGCCAUUGACAGUUAUUGACAUCAAAUCCAUUUCAACUCAGAAGGUGAUCAUGUUUCAGUGCCAUUGAUGACGAUAGACGCCCAAUCCAAUUUGACUGGGUCUGGCAGCGAUCAAACAAGCAGCAGUCAAUCCUCCCAGUCAAAAUGGAUUAGACAUCUGUUGCCGUCUUUCACCGUCAAAGGCAGCAAAUAAGUUAUUUUUUAAUCCGAUUCUGAUCCUUUGUUUGACAAAUGGAAGUGGAAGGUUAAUAAAAAGUUUGGACACCUUUGAUUUAUAAUGACCAUUAAUUAGUCUAUAUAUAUAUAUAUAAACGUAUUUAUACUUCAGGUUAGUAAUAUUACUGAUUCAAAGAGAAUAGAUGUACUGCUGUAAAGUGGCUUUUGAAAUAAUAUGAGGUUCUUGACCCAGAGCAAUGUUAUGAAUCAAAGUAGCCAUUCCAAUAAAGACAGUUUUUCAAUAAGACUGUAGUGUUGCAUGCAUGCGUAAAAGUGUGAUAAUCAAAUGUGUUAUGAUCAUUACAUUUCAUUGUUGAACUAUUAACAAGUGAGUCUCAGUGCUACCUAACACUUUAAUCUGACAUGAAUAAUGCAAUCAGUGCUUGGAAGUCCUGCAUUGUUUCACUCUUCAAAAUAUGGUGUAGUCAUUCUUCAUGAUAAUAGCUGCACAAGAGUAUUCUAUCACUGACUUGAAGGUUUUGGGGGGGGUAAAUUGUCAAUCUGUGGCUGUGUUACAUAAUUAAUGCCUGCUCAGGUUGCAGACGCAGAAACAAGCAGAAUUUGUGCCAUUUGAUACGGCAAGAGAGAUAACUAAAAGGUCAGACAGACACGUUUCAUCUAAAAAUAUUUUUAAAUUACCAUUGUGGAUGUAGUUUGUUUUUUCUUUUUGAACAUAUAUUUUUAUGAACACUACUAUUUACCCCAUGGUUCAAAAGAGUUUUUUUUUUUUUUUUUCUUAAGUAUUUCCACGUGUGUGUUUUUGAAUCUUUAAUUCACACGUUUUGGAAGCAAUUUUAAAAUCAUUUUAUUGCAUUUUAUUUCUUGAAUGUUUUUUUCCUCUUGCGUGGGAUGACGUACUUAGAUGUUUUCUCUGCAUCCACUAGAUGGCACUGUAUAGCUACGAAAGGAAUAACUGCUCCGUGUUAAAAAAAUAAAUAAAAUAAAAACAAAUAACCAUCACAUUUACAAAUGUAACAAAAUGACAUUUUAGCCAACAUUCCAAUUAACCAUACUAGUAAUAAACUAAUUCCAACUAGUACAAUCCUAUCCAUAAACAUAUCACAAAGUAACAAAAGGUCUCUCAUGCCAUGUACAUUUUCGAUUAUUAUUAUUCUUUUAAAAUGUAUUCAAUGUUAUAACCGCUGUAUUUGGGUACAAGAAUGACGCAAAGGUCUAAAUGGAUACUGGAAGAUAUUUUAUUCCAUAUUUCAUCAAAAAUAAACCUGAGAGUUCU